AUGGUUCUAAUCUAUGUUAAAUCCGGGGAAUGGGUGUCUGAUUUCAGUGAAGAGUGGAGUUUCGUGGUAGAGAAAGCAAGGGGUGGUCGAAUGGUAACAUUAGAAACUACUACUCCAUUGGUGGUGGUCAAGAGGAUCGUGUGUGAGGAUUAUGGGUUGGACCAUAUUGCUGUUAAUGCCGAGUUCAGUUACUCGAUAGUGAAUCAAAGAGGGAAUCCUCCAAUUUUUAUCACCAAUGAUCGCCAAUCAUCUAAUUUUGUGGCUUAUGCGAAGAGGGAUUCAUCUACUACCUUGUGCGUCACGUUCUCUGGUUCUGGCGUAAAUAAAAACGAACGGAUCAAUAUUGAUUUGAAUAAGGAGCCGUGUGAUUCAAGUAAUGUUGAGGAUGAAGAAGUUGUGGAGAUAAAUGGAGCCGCGUUUGUGAAGCCGUCAAAGGAGUCUUGUGGUAGAAAGAAGGAUCAUGUCGCCGCUGAUGGUUGCCGUGAUGCUGGUUUAAGGAGUCAAAAAAUUGGAGAUUCUCAAAAUAAUGGAGAUACUGAAAAGUCUGGUCGAGAGUGGAGAGGAGAUUUUGUGAAGAAGAAUCAACUUUUCAAGAGUAAAGAGGUUCUGAAGGCAACAAUGGAAAUUUUGGCGAUGAAGAAUAAUUUCGAUUACACUGUUAUCAAAUCCACGAGAAAAUGGUGGUAUUGCCGAUGUAAGGAUGCAUUAUGCAAUUGUAGUGUGCGUGCAGAAGGUCUGGACGGGUCUGCAUAUUUCAUGAUCAACCGGUGUGAGGAACGACAUUCAUGUGCACCUUCAAAGAAAAGCAAUUUCGGAAAAACAGCAUCUGCAAGAACAAUUGGGAAACUAAUACAACAUCGAUACGGUGAUGCCAACGAUGGCCCAAAACCAAAUGACAUCAUUGACUUUAUGAGAUUGGACCAUAGUUGUGAGAUUACUUAUGGGCACGCUUGGGAAGCUCGGGAGUUUGCUAUUGCAGCUGCUAGAGGUAUACCAGAUCGCAGUUAUGCUAAAAUACCAUCGUAUUUGCAUAUGCUUAAAGAAGCUAAUCCUGGUACGCAUACUCACUAUGAAAUUAAUGACAAGGGGAGAUUCAUAGGAGUUCUACUUGUUGCUACUGCUGUAGAUGGUAACUCUAACUUGUAUCCGAUUGCAUUUGGAGUUGUUGAUUCAGAGAAUGAUGAUUCAUGGGGUUGGUUCUUCAGGCAGUUGAAAGUGGUUAUUGCUGACUGUCAAGACUUGGCUUUUGUCUCAGAUAGAAAUUCAUCUAUUGCUAAAGCGAUUGGGACUGUCUACCCGCGAUCAGCACAUGGAAUAUGCAUUCAUCACUUGUUGACCAAUGUGGUUGCAUUUUUCAAGACAAAAGGGUUCACUGCCUUGGUUGAAAAGGCUUCACGGGCAUAUAGGUUCACUGAAUUUGAGGAACAUAUGACCCAAAUUUUUGAUAUGAGUCCUGAGCUUGGAAGAUAUCUACAGGAGGCUGAUGUGCGCAAAUGGGCUCGUUCUCUGUUCCCUGGAUCCAGGUACGACAUUAGGACCACAAACCCUGCAGAGUCAAUAAAUUCAGUCUUGAGAGUACCUAGAGAAUAUCCGGUUAUUCCUUUGCUAGAUAGUAUAAGAGAACUGUUGACUCGAUGGUUCUAUGAGCGUCGCCUGGUAAGCUCUAAGCAUCUUGAUCCUUUAACCGCUGAGGUAGAGAAAAAGAUAGAUAGGAGAAUUGUGAAGGCAAAGGGGUUUAAGGUUUACAAGACUGACAACGUCAAAUCGGUGGUGAAAGGAGACAUAUAUGAUUGUCAUGUUGAUUUGGAAAGAAGAACAUGCACAUGUGGGAAGUACGAUAUAGGAAAAAUUCCUUGCCGACACGCCAUUCCAGCAAUUUAUUCACGAGGUUUGGAAGUACACAGAUUUACCGACGCCUUCUACAGCACUACAGCGUGGAGAACCGCAUAUGAGGAAAGCAUUAACCCAAUAGCAGUUCCACAAUCUGAAUGGAAGGUCCCAGCUGAGGUUAAACUUGCCAAGAUUUUACCACCAGAGACAAGAAAGAGUGCUGGUCGACUAGUAAAGAGAAGGCAUGAAUCAGUAGAAGACAAGAUAAAAUCUUCUCAAGGAUCAAGAAUGAAUAAAAAGCACAAGUGCAGCCGCUGUGGUAACAAAGGACACAAGAGAGGGACAUGCGAUUUACCCAUUGGAAUGGAAGUAUAA